AUGUCGGGAACACAGAUCCACAAAGUCCUUACCCACGCCCAAGGUGGCCAGCGUCUCGGCACAUCCUCGGCCACAUGGAACAAGAUCAAACAGGCCGCAGCAGACACGCGGAACAAGCACCCCGGGCCCGGCGAGCCCGUGCUGGAAACUAAGCCUGCCUCCUGCCUCGAAUCGGCGCCGCCCGUCCUCGUCGAAAACGGGCCCAAUGGCGAGGUCUGCAUCUGGUACGAGGCCCAGCACACCUACGAGAUCUGGAACUGGCGGGCCGCGGGGCCGUACGCGUUGCACCGCGAAGACGGCCCGGUGCACACACACGACUUCUACGACGCCGCCACGACCGGCGCCGAGCCUUAUAGUGGCGACACGCUUGCCUUGGUCUCGCGAUUCGAGGCGCCCGGCCGGGCCGUGGCGGCAAUGGCGUUCGUGGCUGCCGAAAACGGCUCCAUCUUUGUAAGCGCAUACGCCCACGCAGGACACUUCUACGUGGAGGCACGGGCAGACUCGCGGGUCCAGGAAUUCUUGCUCCCGGCCUAUCUCCUGGGCAGCGACAUCCUGUUGAAGGGCUCCCUGCGGUUUGUCGUUGUGUCCUCGUCCUCGGGCUUCCUCUACGUCCUCAGGUGCAUCGAAACGCCCGACGCGUUGUUGGAAGAAGCAAACUGUGAUGGCAGUCUCCAGGCGGUGUACAGCCACUCGACACGGACGCUCGUGGAGAAGUACGGCAUCGAAGACACGUCCAGCAGCACCAUCCUCUUGAAAACAGCCACCUUCGACGGGUCCGCGAUAUACGACAUUGUGGGCACGUGGCUUGUCUACUGCCCCAUGCGCAUGGAGACGGAGUACUAUAAAAGCUUGAUGCGGUCCACGGACGAGUCGUGCCUGAAACCCAAAGGUCCACGGACAGGCGCCGGGAACGCAUACACGUCCGUGAAACUCCCGCCCAAAGGGCCCCUUUUCUUCCGCGCCGCGUCUAGCUUGGCCAACUCCGCCAUCGACCGCCUCUUCAAGUUGUCGCAAAUCGGCACCAAGAAAGUGAAGACCUACUGGAGCCCCGAACACAGCUUCUUUGACAAGGACGUCUCGCUCCACACCAUCAGCACCUCGGUGAGCAACGCCUUGUAUUCCACGGCCAGCAAGAUCAAGAAGCAGGCCGACAUGAUUGGCGAGAACGAAACGGUCAAGAUCAUAGACUUGUCCAACGGCCAGAUCAUGGCCACUUUCAAACCGCCCGGUGGCAUUUCCCAUCUAUCGCUCAGCAGCUACGACUUGCUGUUGGCGCAGGCCACGUACCGCGGCGAUAGCUUCUAUUUAUGGGACCUCUACAAACUACCGAACGAGGUGUCUUUCGUGGGAAAGUUUGUCCGCGGCAAGACCAGUGCUGUCAUCAAAGAGAUUUUCUGGUUCGUGAACAACAAGGCCCUAGAUGGACUGCCGGUGACGAAUUCUGGGUUUGGUUGCAUCUCCAAGAAAACGGGCUCAGUUCACUGGUACAACAUCAACUACCUAUUCUGUGCUAAUGAGAACGAUAACUUUCCAAACACCAUGGAGCUCCUGCCGCAGACAAUUCCCAAGAAUGGCCAGUUUUUGGACUCCUGGAUUCUACCUUCCAUAAAUGCUGUCAAGCUCCUAAAACUUCCAGGUUUUUCCAACAUGCCCAACAAUAUGAGUCAUGAUGGAUUGGCGCCCAGCCUGAGCUUAGAUUUACAUCGUUGCAAUCAGCUAGCGUUCAUAGACUCGGCCUUGAAUUUGCGUUUGGUGUCGCCCAUGAAUGGGAAACACACAUUCAAGUAUAAGUUGAACCAAAAACCAGCUGCAAGCAUUGCCUAUAGUGAUGGCCCAUCCUAUUCCACUUGGAACCCGUUUGCAUACAGUGAUACCGGUAGCUGCCAUACACAGCAAAACUUCGACGCUCCAUUGUCACAAACUGAGAUAGAGACUUGCAAUCCUUUUCCAGGCAUUACUAAGGACAGGAAUGUGACCAUCAGCUCGUAUGCUUUUAAUUCCAACAAACGCGAUUCCUUCUGGGACUAUUUCUCCACAUUUGGUAACGAGGUGCCCCAAUCGGUGCACGAAUUCACAGGCUCUGGUAAAUACGAGACCCCGAACCUUAGCUCAGAGGAUUUAGAAGAGCAUCUCAAAGAAGGUUUGAUUAUAAUCCCAGAAGCAACGGAUGACUAG